GGCGGUUGUCAGGGUGAAACAAGAUGGCGGCCGCAGCGACGGAGGAGGACACUGAGCUGCGGGACCUGCUGGUGCAGACGCUGGAGAGCAGCGGGGUGCUCAAUAAGAUUAAGGCAGAGUUGCGAGCAGCUGUAUUUUUGGCAUUAGAAGAACAAGAGAAAGUAGAGAACAAAACACCUCUGGUCAAUGAAAGCUUGAGAAGCUUUUUAGGUACAAAAGAUGGUCGCUUGGUUGCAGGUCUUGUUGCAGAAUUUCUGCGGUUUUUCAAUCUUGAUUUUACAUUGGCUGUUUUUCAGCCUGAAUCAAGCACACUAAAUGGCCUUGAUGGUCGAGAAAACUUAGCUCGAGAUUUGGGUAUUAUAGAAGCCGAAGGUACUGUGGGUGGUCCCUUGUUGUUGGAGGUUGUCAGAAAGUGUCAACAGAAAAAGAUUUCAGGCAGUGGAGAAGUGGCUCCAGUUCUAAGUGAUUGCCUGUGCCCUACAUCAAAAUCCUCUGAUGAAAGAUCAAGUACACAUCCUAUACCAAAUAAGGCUGCUGAAACCACACAAAGCGAUACAAGUGUCUCUUCAGGGGAAGCAAGCAAAAGCAGCAUUCAUUUUAUGCCUAAUGAAACAAAGCUAGAUUCUCAACUAGAAAACAGAGACUCAAAUACCAAAGAUACAGGUGUGGAUGAAGAUGAUGCAGAGGGAGAUUCUUUUUUUGAUGAUCCUAUACCUAAACCAGAAAGAACUUAUGGCUGGAAAACUGAAGCUAACAAAGCAGGAAGUCUAGCAUCCCUUUCUGAUGCACCACCUCUAAAGAGUGGGUUAAGCUCUCUGACUGGUGCACCUUCACUGAAAGAGUCUGAUAAUUUAAAUAGAAACUUUGUUUUGAAAGACCUGCGGUUGGUGAAUGCAAAACUGGGCUCACUAGAACUAGGAAAUGGAGAUGAUGAUGAAUAUGCUGAUGACUUCAACAGUACUAGUCAUCGCUCAGAAAAAAGUGAUAUCAGCAUUGGUGAAGAAAUAGAUGACAUCUCUGUGGGAACAGAAGAAUCAAAUGCCAGUGAUAAACUUGAAGUUGUCACGCAAGACCUUACCAUUUCUCAGUUAAGUGAUGUUGCAGAUUAUCUAGAAGAUGUGGCAUAGAAUUGGACAAUAAAAGUUUCAUUGUGCUGGACUAGAGGACUACUGUGGACUGUUAAUUUCAGACAAUCACUUUUUGCUGGAUGGUCCACUCCGUACUUGUGCCUUGUUUCAAAAAGACUGGUGGAGAAGGCUUUUAAAUAUUCUUAACAAGAACUAAAUGAAAUAGUGUUUUCCCAUUUGAGUCUGAUAUCAGAAUUAUUUUGUUCAUUUGGUUCAGCCAAACAGGAGAUGGAUUUUCCAAGCAGAAUGUCCAUUGCUGGCAGUGGGCAGAACAAAAAAAUCAAUUGAGAAGAGAACAUCUACAGAGAGUCGUGUGGCUUUAUAAUGAACUUGCACUGUUACUGUAACAGUCUGGGUUUUUUUGUUUGUUUGUUUUUUUAAGAUAACCAAAGCAAGAACCUUCAGAGGUAGUCGUU